AUUCAAACAGUAAUAUUCCUGAUUUUUUAGACGUAGGAGCAUUUAUUAAUGUUCGACCAAUUGCAGAUUACUUAAAGUACAAGUUACUGAAAUUUCCAUUCAAGCCAACCAGUUGUUAUAAUUUCAAAAAUGAUAUGAUCCCAGGUGCUAAACGAGGAUUCAGUGUUGGAUGUCUGGAUAAAUAUGAUUGGAUGGUUUAUUCUCCAACAUGUAAAGGAGUUUUAUGCAAAUUUUGUGUGUUAUUUAAGCCUACUCUUAAAAGAGGAUUCCAAUUGCAAUGUCAUAAAGAUUCAACAGCAUCAGCAAAAAUGUUUGAGGAUACAUUAACAUUUAAAAAAAAAACUGUGUUGGAACAAAUAGAUACUGGGUAUAACAGAGUUAUUGAAAAUAACCGAAAAAAGAUUAUCCCAAUUAUUAAAACAUUAAUAUACUGUGGAACACAUGAUAUUGCUAUAAGAUGUAAAUGUUCUGAUGAAGGAAAUUUUAUUGAUUUACUGAAGUUUCGAGUAGACUCUGGUGAUACAAUUUUGAUGAAUCAUUUUGAAACAUGUACAACUAAAACAAAAUAUGUGUCCCAUAGAAUACAGAAUGAGAUAAUAAGUAUUUGUGGUGAUGUUAUUCGCAACGAUAUAAUAUCUUGUAUCAAUGAUUCUUAUGUAUUUUCCUUGUUAGCUGAUGAAACUUCUGAUAUAAGCGGAAAAGAGCAAUUGUCAAUUGGUAUUCGUUAUUUCAACAUGCAAAGUUUUGAAAUUAGAGAAGAAUUUCUAGGUUUCACUGAAGUUCAAGACCUAAGUGCUGAAGGUAUUGCAAAUGCCUUAAUUAAUAUCACUAAUAAAUAUGGAUUAAGUUUGUCACAACUUAUUGGCCUUGGAUUUGACGGAUGCUCGACAAUGAGUGGUAGAAUAAAUGGAGUACAAAGUAUCAUACGACGCAA